AUGGAUCAGAGUUUGAGAGAUGCUGCUCAGGAAGGAAGCAUUGAUGCCUUGCACUCAUUGGUACGGGGAGACCCAUAUACUUUGGACACAAUCGAUAAAAUUCCAUUUGUUGAGACUCCUUUACAUAUAGCUGCAUCUGCUGGACAUACUCAGUUUGCCAUGGAGAUCGUGAGGUUAAAGCCGUCACUUGCUUGGAAGCUUAAUCAAGAUAGCUUCUCCCCGAUGCACCUCGCUUUGCAAAAUAACCAAACCCAUGUGGUGUGCUGGCUACUUGAUGCUGAUAAAGACCUUGUUCGUGUCCAAGGAAAGGAGGGUGCAACUCCUUUGCAUCAUGUAGCUCAAACAGGAAACCUCUAUCUUUUGGGCGAAUUUCAAAAAGUCUUGAGAUGGUUAUUGAAUGCUAGAGUUGAUACCAACGCUACGAAUUUAGCGGGUUUUACAGCUUUGGACAUCUUAGAAGGGCAAACACAGAUCGACAACAAUGAGAUCAGGAUAUGUUAG